AUGGCCGAAGAGACGCCGCCUCAACUUGGACGCCAGUUGUCCUUGGUCCCGUACGCAUCAGACUCGCGCGACAUUGUGCUCCGACGCGGAAAUGCCGUCGUGCUAUACGAUGCCCAGACGCAACAGCUGUCCGUACGAGAUGCUGCACACGAGCCCGUCGAGCUGACGGAGUGCCCUUACUGCCACAGACCUCUCCGCAACAGGGAACGGUCCGACGACGAUGCCGAUCAUGCUCAUGCCCUUGGUCGAGAUCGACCUUUUGUGGAUCAGGACUACUUUGCUAUGCUCGCAGCGAGCCAGAGGCCUUCGCCAGCUGCAUCCGGAUUCUCCUCUCCAAGCAGACGAGUGCACCCAGCCAUUAGAUCUGGCCGCUCACGAGACCCCGCGCCACCGGGUGAUAAAGGAAUCAGCAGUUCUGCCUUCUCUCCAGGCUACUUCCAACAAUUCUUCCGUGAAGAACGUGAGCUAGGUCGCGGAGGCAAUGGGGUGGUCCUACUGGUCGAACACAUGAUCGAUGGAGUGUCGCUUGGCCAUUUCGCGUGCAAGCGCAUCCCGGUGGGAGAUAGCCGGAACUAUUUCGAAAAAGUCAUCGUCGAGGUGAGGCUUCUGCAGAAGAUCCCUCAUAAGAACCUGGUCGCCUACCACUGGACCUGGCUAGAAGACCAUCAGCCUUCGAAGUUCGCUCCCAGCAUCCCGUGUCUGUGGAUCUUGCAAGACUAUUGUAAUGGUGGCGAUCUUCAUACGUAUGUUCUUGGGCCUCAAAGGGGCCCAUCCACGAAAGAAAAUCUCAAGGAUAGACUACGUCGGAAGUCGAAAGGCGAGUCAAGUCCUCCUCAAGAUCUGCGGGGACCGAGCAAACUGUCCUUUGAAGAAAUCUUUUCCUUCUUCCGUGACAUUACAUCUGGCCUACACCACUUGCAUUCGAAAGGCUAUAUACACCGCGACCUGAAGCCUUCGAAUUGCUUGCUACAGCGAGAUGGCAAUAGGACUAGAGUACUGAUCUCGGACUUUGGAGAGGUCCAAGCUGCUGGCGCCGCACGUCUAUCAUCUGGCGCAACGGGCACCAUCUCUUACUGCGCACCGGAAGUUCUCCUCCAGAAUGCGGAUGGCUCAUACAAGAACUUCACCACCAAAUCAGACAUCUUCUCACUCGGCAUGAUCGUCUAUUUCAUGUGCUUUGGACGGCUGCCAUAUGCAAAUGCAGACGACAUAAACGAGGAGAACGAAGACCUUGAACAGCUCAGAGCUGAAAUCCAGAAGUGGACUGGCUUUAAUGAUGAAACCCGCGUGAGGCCGGACUUACCCGAGAGACUGUUCAAAUAUCUCAAGAAGCUGCUGAGCGUCGACCCCAACGAGCGGCCAUCCACAGAAGAGAUCUUGACCAGUAUAAAGGGCGGCGUAGCUCUGGGAGAAGCAGAGUCUGUGUUUGAUGACUUCACACCUCGGGUCUCCAACAUCGACUCUCCUGCACCGAAAGCGGCCUCCCGGAACCGAAAGCACUCAUACAUAUCGUCACGACCCGGCCUUUCAUCACCUGGAAGACAUUAUUCGAGCGACAGCAUAAGAUCUCGAAGUCCCAUAAAACAAGACAGGAGUACCAGUCGACCCACAAGCCCACAAGACUUGACACUGAGCUCUCGAAAAGUGGGAUUACCUCCCGCUGCUACGCCAGACCAACAACCCCCUCAACAAAGCCCGAGACUCAUGCUCCCUCCACCACCACCUAGCCCACCGCUCAAUGCCAUCAUGCGCUUCAUCCAUUCCCCUCGAAUAGCAAUCAGUAUCCGCGCCCUCCUCUUCGCCGCCAAAAUCUUCAUGAUCUCCAUCCCCUGCGCUCCCUACUCCGCCAAUCAACGGCUAUUAUACCCCCUCCUCAGCCUCGCAGCCAUAGAUCUCGGAUUCCUAAAUUUCGGCCUCCGACAGUCGAUCCUCCUCUUCAUUAUGCACGUCGUGGCAGUGGUAAUUGCUUCGCAGCAUCAUCGCUUAUGCGAAGCGGGAAAAGUUCUCGUUUGGGAAGAAGAUAUUUGA